UUCUUCUUCUUCUUCUUCUCGAAGGGGACCAAUCUUAUAUUUACACAUUUCAUCGACCAGUGUAAAUGAACUGUUCUGUUUGAUGUUUUAACUUGGAUAAAAGUUCAGGAAAACCUUCUAAUGGAGGCUUGCUGGGCAAAAUGGCUGGGCUCUCUGAAAUGUGAAACGUACACGGGUCAGCAGUGGUAGCAGAAAUAACUGGCUACGAAAGGGCGUUUUUAUAAUUCCUUAUAACUCGCAGAAAUACCGUUUAUUUUCCCCCGCUGGGUACAAAACAGUUUUGUAUCCAUAUGCGUUGGGAUUGAAUUUUAUUGCGGAUACCUGCAUUUGUUUUUUUCGACAGUUCCGUGUUGUUUUUAUUUUCCUUCCCCCAAAACCCGAUUGCUGCUUGACUGAUUUGCAUUGUUACUGCGGUCUGUUAUUGUCUCGUCGUCAGCUGUGGAUACUCUCACUGUUGGAUGGGAACUGACGAACAACAAUAUAUAUACGAAGUAACAGCCGACCGAACACAUUUCAGAAGUUUGCUUUGGUAAAUACCCACUAAAUAAACCUGCAAUCAUGGGUGAAUUCCUGAAAUACAUCGACUACGAUCACAAGACCAGUUUCCUGAAGAUGUUGAACCAGCAGAGGAUGGAAGGGGACCACUGUGACGUCGUGGUUGUGGUGGAAAACGUUGAGUUCAGAGCUCACCGCUGUGUCCUGGCCGCCUGCAGCAUCUACUUCAAGAAGCUGUUUAAAAAACAGAACGAUGUGGACAACUCCAUCGUGGAGCUCGACUUCAUCCGUUCAGACAUCUUCGAGGAGGUCCUCAAUUACAUGUACACCGCCAGGCUCGCCGUCCGCAAAAAGGACAUCAACCUCAUGAUGUCAUCCGGACAGGUCCUGGGGAUCACGUUCCUCGACAACCUGUGUUCACAGAAACGUGAGCCCAAUAUGAAGCCGAGUCGUGAGAACCAGGCGCCAGGGGACGGUAUGAGAGCCCAGGACGCCAUUUUGAAAGAGUUGGCCAUGGAGGAGGUGAGGAAGAACAGCUUCUACGAUGGAGGGAUGGAGGCCAUGGGCUCCGGGGGGCCUCACGGGGUCCCUCCUCACUUCGGCGGGAACAUGUCUAAAGACCCCCACAGCGCCCACGGCUGGACCUCCUCUUCCUCCUCCUCCAGCGAUAUGAAGCUUGACUACCUGCUGUACGGCCACCGCUCUGACGGCAUCCACCCGGGAAUGAAACCAGGCGGAGACGGCCCCAAGAAAGACAAAUCCCACCUGGCCCACCGUCCGUUCGCUUGCGAGGUGUGCCCCAAAACCUUUACCACCCAGGCCCACCUCAAAGAGCACCUGAAGAUCCACACGGGCUUUAAACCGCACCGCUGCCUGGUCUGUGGCAAGGCGUUCAUACGAGGGCCCGACUUAAAGCGGCACGAGAGGGUCCACAGCAACGAGAGACCCUUCGGAUGCCAGAUGUGUGAAAAGGCCUUCAAGCACAAGUCCCACCUGCGAGACCACGAGCGGCAGCACCGAGGGGAGAGGCCCUUCAACUGCGGCUCCUGUGACAAGGCGUUCAUCAAAGCGUCGGACCUGAAGCGCCACUGGAACACGAUGCACAGCCAGCGCAGAACGCUGUCCCCCACCGCCGCCGCCACCGCCGCCCCGGGCAGCAUCCAGGGAGACGCCGACACGCAGAGCCAGAGGGACUGGAAGCUAGAGGCUGGGCCACAUUCGUAAGGACGGACUGUUACAGACACACACACACACACACACCAUGCGUAUAUAGUGACAGACACACACACACACACACGUACAUGCACUAAUACACAUGUGCACACUAACACUCAUGAAUACACAUGUGCGCGCACACACACACACCAUGCGUAUAUAGUGACAGACACACACACACACGUACAUGCACUAAUACACAUGUGACACGCACACACACACACACACGUACAUGCACUAAUACACAUGUGACACACGCACACACACACACGUACAUGCACUAAUACACAUGUGACACACACACGUACAUGCACUAAUACACAUGUGACACACACACACUCAUGAAUACACAUGUGACACACACACGCACGUACAUGCACUAAUACACAUGUGACACACACACACUCAUGAAUACAGGCCCUGUGAUAUGUACUGAGGUGUAACAAAGAGAAGAUGGUUGGAUCAUACCGUGUCCAUUACUGUAAUGACAUCACGGGCAUGUAGUAAAUAUGAUCCUAUUCAAUUGUAUUUUAUUGAAUUGUUUAGGUUUUAUUUUUUUCCCCACUUCAUGUAGAAAAAAAAAAAUAAUGUUUAGGCUACUAUCUACUACAAUGACCAUUAAUGUAUAUUUUUCACGUUUAAAAAAAAAAAAAAAAAAAACAUUUGUUGCUAUUUAGACAGACAGGGUUCUUCUUAUUAUAACUUUAUUUAUUUUACUUUAUUGAAUAUCAGUAACAUUUAAAGUGUUUUUUGUUUGUUUAACCUUACUGUAUUUUAAGACAACAACAACAACAACAAUGGUGAUUUUCUGCAUAACAUUUUGUUGUGUAUAUCUUUUUACAUGUGGAUCUUAAAUGGCUGUUUUAAUUGUAAUGAUUGGUUGAUAUAUUACACUGUAGGAGUCACCAUUCUGCUUUUGAUACAUACAGGUUAUACCAAAGUCUUGGGCCUUCGUUAGACAGCCGGGUAACAGGUUAAUACCAUGUCGGUUCUGGAAAUAAACCAACAUUCCCAAGUAAAAUUUUCCAUCCUCAUUUGUGGAAAAUACAAAAUGGUGGUUAAUUGGGAAUUAUUGGAAUUUUCAGUUUGCUUGCGGAAUUGGAAUGGAUUUUACCCCUAACCUUUGACAAGCAGUCUGAAGGGGGCUGUUCAUUGUCUGUUCAGCCCAAGCAGCAUGAGUCCGACCAGAUUUACUGUUAUACAGUAUCACUAGCCUAUCAUCAGAGAGAGAUACCACAUCUGUAUCAGUAGCCUGUCAUCAGAGAGAGAUACCACAUCUGUAUCAGUAGCCUGUCAGAGAGAGAUACCACAUCUGUAUCACUAGCCUAUCAUCAGAGAGAGAUACCACAUCUGUAUCAGUAGCCUGUCAUCAGAGAGAGAUACCACAUCUGUAUCAGUAGCCUGUCAGAGAGAGAUACCACAUCUGUAUCAGUAGCCUGUCAUCAGAGAGAGAUACCACAUCUGUAUCAGUAGCCUGUCAUCAGAGAGAUACAUCUGUAUCAGUAGCCUGUCAGAGAGAGAGAUACCACAUCUGUAUCAGUAGCCUGUCAGAGAGAGAGAUACCACAUCUGUAUCAGUAGCCUGUCAUCAGAGAGAUACAUCUGUAUCAGUAGCCUGUCAGAGAGAGAUACAACAUCUGUAUCAGUAGCCUGUCAUCAGAGAGAUACCACAUCUGUAUCAGUAGCCUGUCAUCAGAGAGAUACAUCUGUAUCAGUAGCCUGUCAGAGAGAGAUACCACAUCUGUAUCAGUAGCCUGUCAUCAGAGAGAUACCACAUCUGUAUCAGUAGCCUGUCAUCAGAGAGAUACAUCUGUAUCAGUAGCCUGUCAGAGAGAGAUACAUCUGUAUCAGUAGCCUGUCAUCAGAGAGAUACCACAUCUGUAUCAGUAGCCUGACAUCAGAGAGAGAUACCACAUCUGUAUCAGUAGCCUGUCAGAGAGAGAUACAACAUCUGUAUCAGUAGCCUGUCAGAGAGAGAUACCACAUCUGUAUCAGUAGCCUGUCAUCAGAGAGAGAUACCACAUCUGUAUCAGUAGCCUGUCAGAGAGAGAUACAUCUGUAUCAGUAGCCUGUCAGAGAGAUACCACAUCUGUAUCAGUAGCCUGUCAUCAGAGAGAGAUACCACAUCUGUAUCAGUAGCCUGUCAGAGAGAGAUACAACAUCUGUAUCAGUAGCCUGUCAGAGAGAGAUACAUCUGUAUCAGUAGCCUGUCAGAGAGAGAUACCACAUCUGUAUCAGUAGCCUGUCAUCAGAGAGAGAUACCACAUCUGUAUCAGUAGCCUGUCAGAGAGAGAUACCACAUCUGUAUCAGUAGCCUGUCAUCAGAGAGAGAUACCACAUCUGUAUCAGUAGCCUGUCAUCAGAGAGAGAUACAUCUGUAUCAGUAGCCUGUCAUCAGAGAGAGAUACCACAUCUGUAUCAGUAGCCUGUCAGAGAGAGAUACCACAUCUGUAUCAGUAGCCUGUCAUCAGAGAGAGAUACCACAUCUGUAUCAGUAGCCUGUCAGAGAGAGAUACCACAUCUGUAUCAGUAGCCUGUCAGAGAGAGAUACCACAUCUGUAUCAGUAGCCUGUCAUCAGAGAGAGAUACCACAUCUGUAUCAGUAGCCUGUCAGAGAGAGAUACCACAUCUGUAUCAGUAGCCUGUCAGAGAGAGAUACCACAUCUGUAUCAGUAGCCUGUCAUCAGAGAGAGAUACCACAUCUGUAUCAGUAGCCUGUCAUCAGAGAGAGAUACCACAUCUGUAUCAGUAGCCUGUCAUCAGAGAGAGAUACCACAUCUGUAUCAGUAGCCUGUCAGAGAGAGAUACCACAUCUGUAUCAGUAGCCUGUCAUCAGAGAGAGAUACCACAUCUGUAUCAGUAGCCUGUCAUCAGAGAGAGAUACCACAUCUGUAUCAGUAGCCUGUCAUCAGAGAGAGAUACCACAUCUGUAUCAGUAGCCUGUCAGAGAGAGAUACCACAUCUGUAUCAGUAGCCUGUCAGAGAGAGAUACCACAUCUGUAUCAGUAGCCUGUCAGAGAGAGAUACCACAUCUGUAUCAGUAGCCUGUCAGAGAGAGAUACCACAUCUGUAUCAGUAGCCUGUCAGAGAGAGAUACCACAUCUGUAUCAGUAGCCUGUCAUCAGAGAGAGAUACCACAUCUGUAUCAGUAGCCUGUCAUCAGAGAGAGAUACCACAUCUGUAUCAGUAGCCUGUCAUCAGAGAGAGAUACCACAUCUGUAUCAGUAGCCUGUCAUCAGAGAGAGAUACCACAUCUGUAUCAGUAGCCUGUCAUCAGAGAGAGAUACCACAUCUGUAUCAGUAGCCUGUCAUCAGAGAGAGAUACCACAUCUGUAUCAGUAGCCUGUCAGAGAGAGAUACCACAUCUGUAUCAGUAGCCUGUCAUCAGAGAGAGAUACCACAUCUGUAUCAGUAGCCUGUCAGAGAGAGAUACCACAUCUGUAUCAGUAGCCUGUCAUCAGAGAGAGAUACCACAUCUGUAUCAGUAGCCUGUCAGAGAGAGAUACCACAUCUGUAUCAGUAGCCUGUCAGAGAGAUACCACAUCUGUAUCAGUAGCCUGUCAGAGAGAGAUACCACAUCUGUAUCAGUAGCCUGUCAGAGAGAGAUACCACAUCUGUAUCAGUAGCCUGUCAUCAGAGAGAGAUACCACAUCUGUAUCAGUAGCCUGUCAUCAGAGAGAGAUACCACAUCUGUAUCAGUAGCCUGUCAUCAGAGAGAGAUACCACAUCUGUAUCAGUAGCCUGUCAGAGAGAGAUACCACAUCUGUAUCAGUAGCCUGUCAUCAGAGAGAGAUACCACAUCUGUAUCAGUAGCCUGUCAUCAGAGAGAGAUACCACAUCUGUAUCAGUAGCCUGUCAUCAGAGAGAGAUACCACAUCUGUAUCAGUAGCCUGUCAGAGAGAGAUACCACAUCUGUAUCAGUAGCCUGUCAGAGAGAGAUACCACAUCUGUAUAUACUGUAGCUUGACUAGUUGCACAAUUAAAAUAUUUAGGACACACAAUUAUGAUAUAUGCACAUAUAAAUGUUCUCUUACACAUUUGAUGAAUAGAUUUUUUUUUGGGGGGGGGGGGGGUCAUUGUUAUGAUCUGAUUUCUUUUGUUUGUAAAUGUAUUUUCAUGAGGGCGUUACUUAGUAUAUGGUAAUAGUUAUGACUGUAACCCAGAAUUCAGUAACGAUGUAUAUUUAUGUCAAUACACAUACAUUCUAUAGCAGUUAA